UCCUGGCUAAAUCCAGAUGCUCUACCUUUUAAAAAGUUACAGUUAGAGUGUAGUAUGCCGACAUGGUACUGUCUACAACUUCUUGAAUGAUUCCUGCUACCCGCUCUGCCUACAUGUAACAUUAUGCAUUGUACAUGAGAUUAACAGACAUCACUCAAACCCAGGUUCCAAAGUAUGCCAACGCAUGUGCAGUUGGAAAGUAUUAAAAGUCUCACCUGCUGUAUUUCACUGCUGGCAUCACAUGCACUAACACCGUGUUGUCAUUGGUUGACAGAGAAAGUUUUAGUUGUGAUGCAGCUGAAGUCCCUAAUUAAAAUGCUGCAGAAUUGUAGUCCAUUAGAAAUCAGAUCGUAGUGGAUGCCAGGGGUGGGGUUGAGUAUUUGUGAUUUGCAAGUGAGCCCAUCCCUGGGACACGCAAAGAUCAACACAGUUCCCCUCCGGUAUACAGUUUGUUAGAGUUGUGAUUGCCUAAUGAGAACUGUAUGUUCUAGUCAUGAUAUGGCAAAAUGAUACACAAUGUUCAGCAAACCUAUGACAUAACUUUCAAACUGGCCCCGCAUUUUUGCGUCUUCGUUGUCAUGCUUUCAGGCUCUCCCUUCUACACAGGUUAUUGUGAAGCAGGUCACCUGGCCUGCUUCGAUGUCAGCCUGUGGUCUACAUUCGGACUGGGAUCAAUCUGAUCCAUUGAAGGCCCCUGCAUGUGGAUCUGCAUCAAGUCAUCAGUCAUGGACAAUGGCAGUUCUUUUCUCUUUUAAAUCUUCAAAGGGAUAGUUCACAAAUUACUAGUCUGUGCUUGAUGGGUCAAUGUACUUGUGAGUGCAAGAGAGAUCAAACAGCGCUCUACACAGCUCUACAAUAAACCAGUGGUUCAGAACUAAAGGUAUUUUAUGUCAUGAUGAGACAUGUAAAAUAUUUGGAUCACUAUUUAAACUGUAAUGCGAAACACCGACUGGAAUUGCAUGUCAUCACCUUGCUUCUGAGCAAACAAAGUCAGGAUCUUCUCAAGCAGGCCACCUGGAUUUGGCAUUGCAUUGUUUGCCUCCAGCUCCUGGUUCCCCUUUUCUUCUUUUUUUUUACUCGUAGGUAGCGAAGGGGAGGGAUCACAUUGUUCUUCUCUAAUGGGUUUUCCAAACUGGAUGCAGGACAUCGUAAACUACACACACCACCAUAGAUUUCAUGUACUAUCCUGAUGGCAGUAACUCCAGUGAAUACCUGGUCCAGCCAACUACAUAUCUUCCCGAGAACUUCACCUAUGCCCAGAACCUUCCCUGCCCUGAGCGAUUGCCUUCUAUGAAGGGCCUAAUGGAAGUGAACAUGACAGAGAUCCCUAUGGAGGAUUUAGAACUAAAGUUCUCCAAGUUUUUUGACAUUGAAUUCGGAGGCCGUUGGAAACCAAAGGACUGCAGACCUCACUGGAAGGUAGCAAUCCUAAUUCCAUUUAGAAACCGCCAUGAACAUCUCCCCAUCCUCUUCCACCACCUCAUCCCAAUGCUGCAGAGACAGAGGCUGCAGUUUGCCUUCUACGUCAUUGAACAGAGUGGGAGCCAACCCUUUAAUAGAGCCAUGCUCUUUAACGUGGGAUUCCUAGAGGCCAUGAAGGACGUGGACUGGGACUGCUUUAUCUUUCACGAUGUUGACCACAUCCCUGUGAACGAUCGAAACUACUACGGCUGUGGUCAGAUGCCACGCCACUUUGCUGCCAAGCUGGACAAAUACAUGUACAUUCUUCCAUACAGCGAAUUCUUUGGCGGUGUGAGUGGACUCACUAUGGACCAGUUCCGCAAGAUUAAUGGCUUUCCCAAUGCCUUCUGGGGCUGGGGAGGAGAAGAUGAUGACUUGUGGAACAGGGUUCACUAUUCUGGUUUCAAUGUCACACGUCCAGAUGGAGAGAUUGGCAAGUACAAGUCUAUUCCUCAUCACCACAGGGGAGAGGUGCAGUUCCUUGGCAGGUAUAAACUGCUGAGGUAUUCCAAAGAGCGGCAACACUUAGACGGCCUCAACAAUCUCCAUUACAGCCCCCACAUCUCCCUCAGCAGCCUCUACAAGAACAUCACGGUGGACCUGAACCCUGAGCUUGUCCCUAUCACAGACUACUGAAUUGCCCCACCCAGCCCUACUCCACACCCCAACCUGCCCAGCUCAAGUCUGGCCUCUUAGCACCAGGGGGGACAUAGGCUGGGAGGGGUGAGGAGAUGCACCAUGUAAUGCUGCCAAAAUACCUAGUAAGAAAAAGAAAACUGGAAAAAAAGGAGAGAUAGUGGCAAGUCUCUCAAAGUGUGUUUGUGUGCGUGUGCGUGUGCGUGUGCGAGUGCAUGUCUUUUUGUCAAUAUUGGCUGAACUGCUACAAGUUGGUUUAGGUUAGGGAGAGCAGAAGCAACUCAGCUCUUGAUGUUUACUGCAAAGCCUUAAUGUGGCAAAACCACAGCUCCCUCUGCGUGGCUCGGCACUGCUUCACUUCUUAUGUAUUAACGUCACCUUAGAAGCCAAAAGACAGGUUUUUGUCUCACUUUCUUUUUCAUUUCAUGUUGUUAGGCCAACAUAUUCCUUUAAAAUGAGGGAUCAGAGCAAGGUCAUCUUUAAUAUUUGCAAUGUGUGUUUUUUAUUUUGAUCCAUACUAUUUAUUUUCUCUGAUUCAGGAUGUUUGAAAAUGUCGUCUAUGUCAAUCAAUCAAUGUAAUUUGCUGUUUUGCUGCACUGCUGCUGAAUCCGCAUGAACAUGUAUGUAAAUAGUAGCCCCUUAAAGCUUGAACACAGAACACAAAUAUGUUAAUGUUGGCCUUUAAAUGCUCGGGCAUAUUUCAGUGAUAUUCCAGUGGAUUGAAUUUUACUUUGGCAGCUACCUUCGUUCUGAGGAGUGAGUGGUUUUUUCCUAGUAGAAAGGUAUCCAAAUCUUCUGAUUCAACAUUAUAUUUUGCAUGCCUUAUUUAUUUUGUUUACAAAGUUGUGUUCAUUUCAAACUAUACAUUAUUUCAUCAGCUGGAGAUGUGUAUAUUUGUGUAUAUUAUUUUGCUUUUUUUCCCCUUGAGUUGCACUUUGUGAAAAAGUAAAGCUGCUCCUUAAUGGGAGAGCAUGACUCAGUCUCUCCAUUACUUUUUACAGGGAGCAGGGUUAGCCAUUACAGCACAUGUGUGUCCACACAACAUGCUUUACUGCAGGUUUAUGGUCUUGGGUGUGUGUGUAUAUUUUUUUUUUGUCUCAGAUGUGUUUUUAUUUUUACAACAUUUUUUGUAAUAAUUUUGUGAUGGACAACGUAAAAAAGCUCCUCAUUGUACUGUACCAAGCACUGAGCAUGCCAUUUGAGGCUGGCCCGUGUGUCUGGUCUGUGGUGUUACCUUUUUUUCUAAGCUCAUGAGGCAGCCUUAAGGGUCAGAAUGAGAGAACUUUGGUUGUCAGCCUGUCCCAGCUAAAUGGCACACUAUGUUAAAAUUUUCAUUUCUUAAAUCUUUGAAUACCACAAAGAUGGAAAGAGAUAUGUAAGUAGAUUACUUGGACCAGAUAUUAACUGUUACAACUAUCCUCUAUAUCUCUAGGUUUUAUAUUUAACCAUGAAUUGUAAGUUUGGGCAUUUUCUUUGAUCGUCUUGUGAUCUUUAAUCAGAACUCUGGCCGUUUUUGAUCUGGAUCUCUAAUCCCUUCCCAUCAGAUUAUGUAAUUUUGUUAAAUUGCCUCAUGAAUUGUAAACACGUGACUUUGGU